AACAGUUCGUGACAGAGUUCCACAAAUAAAAAAAUGUUCGUUUAAAUAGUACUAUAUUAUUUGCUAUUAUUAUUUCAACGGCCCUUUGCACUGGAAGAUUCAGUUCUUGCUCUGCAUAGUAUUGAAGCUGAGGACAAAAUCUGAGCAAAGAAAGAUUUCGAUUUUGUUGAUAAACAAGUCUUCGGUGACAUAACCUAUAAAGUGUAAGUGGUUGUUUUGCUCAUUGCAAAAAGUUAAUUCUUUCAAACAUAAAUUUAUCAAUCAAGAUGGCACCAUCGCAGGAAUCCGAAACGAAGUGUAUUAUAACGGGGUUACUUACUUCCAACCCACUAAGAUGCACUAUUAAACAAUUGUGCAAUGAUUUUUAUAAUACAACAGGUUAUAAUAUCCCUUUCCGAAAACUAGGUUUUUCCUGUGUGGAAGAAUAUCUUCGAUCAAUCCCUGGCACUGUUCGUAUCAUUGGAUCGGGUCCUUCUGCCGAGGUGCAGGGUGUGGUAACGCAAAACUCAGCCCACAUAAAUAUAAUGGUCGCCAAGCAGAAAAAGGAUAGCAUUCCAGCACACAAAAGAAAAAAUGUGAAAGUUUAUCAACAACCUAGCACCAGCAACGUAUCAACAAAUAACACCACAAAACAACAUUUUCAUCACGCAGAAUAUGAUGAUGAAUAUAAAUCCAAAAUCCCCAAAAGAAUUCAAAACAAUCUAAGAAAACUAAUAAUGCGUUUUCCUAAUGGCAUUUGGUGUACAAAGUUACGCCAAGAAUACAAUGAAAUGUUUAGAGAAGACCUCAACUAUGAAAAAUUUCACUUUAGAUCUUUAAUUGAAAUGUGUACAGACUUGUCAGAUAUUUUUCGCUACAUCCAACCAACGUCAGAGGAUUUUAUUUUGUAUGAUAAGGCCAAAGCUAUUCCAUCACUAAACCAAAAUGAAUCAGCUAAUGAAAGUAGUGACGUGGAACAAGUUGAAAUUGAUUGGUCUUUAGGUUCAGAAUUAAUUCCAGCUGAUGUGGUUCAAUAUUUGGAUGAAAUUCCGCGAUUUUCGCUUAGUGAUAUAAUGCUAGGUGAUUAUCUGGAUAUUAAUAUUGGAGAAAUAUACAGUAUUGAUCAGUUCUGGGUAUUUCCAAAAUAUGGUGAUAUAGAAGUAAUUACUAACGAAUUAGAGUCAUUAUUUAAAAGGGAACGAAAUCGUUAUGUUGUUCCAGAAUUAUUCUUAGAAGUAGGGUUAUAUUGCACCGUUUAUUAUGCAAAUAAAUAUCAUAGGUGCGUAAUUAAUGAGUUGUUGCCACGAGCGCCUGGUUAUGUAAAGGUGUUUUUUAUUGAUUAUGGAAGUGUAGGAGAAGUGCCUGUUAAAGAUGUGUGGUAUCUUCCACAACAGUUUGCUCAGUUUCCUUGUCAAGCAAUCAGUGCUCGACUGUUUAAAGUCCAACCAAAUAUGGAUAGCAAUCAAACUACUUUUAAAUUUAAGGAGUUAGUGAAGCAAGCGGAAUUAAUAGCAGAAGUCAUGACAGUUGAGAGACAGAGCACGAAACUAGAAAUUUAUUUGGCCGAUGUUACGGAUCCAGGUGGCAUAUUUUAUGUCAACGACGCCCUGGUGGAAAAGGGCUAUGCCGAGUAUUGCAAGAAAGAAGAUACCAAGUAAUUAUGGGAAACGAAUGUGUAUAUAAUAGUAUAUAAUAUAAUACUCACCCUCGAAUCUUUUUUUAAUUUAUUUUGUUAGUAAUUUAAGUUAAUUUUGAAUUUGUGUGAUUAUUAGUAAUUAUUUUAGUAUGUGACAGCACAGAGUUGGUUUUUUUUUUUUUAAUUAUUAUAAUAAAGCGAAUUGCUUUCUCGAAA